UCUUUCCAUUUAUAUUUUUAUUUCUAUUUUCCUUUUGUUAAUUUUUUUUUUUUUUUAAAGCUUUCCCUCCUCUUCAUUGCCUUUCCACUUUAAAUAAAGUCCAUCACCUAUCCACCAGUUACCACUAAACACAAUACAAAAGAGUCUCUUUUUUCAUACUCCAGAUUGGUUCUCUCUCUCUAUUCACCGCCCAUCUCCAGUAACCAGUUCCUGAAACUCUGCAAUUAUCUGCAUUGCUCGAUAUUUUCAUAAUGGUUGCUAUAAGUUGGCAACUAUGUGGUGUUCUUUUCAGCUUCUUGCUUAUUGUAAAUGCUGAGGACCCUUACAGAUUCUUCGACUGGAAUGUCACCUACGGCGAUAUAUAUCCCCUCGGAGUAAAACAGCAGGGGAUUCUUAUUAAUGGACAGUUUCCAGGGCCUGAUAUUUAUUCUGUUACAAACAACAAUCUCAUUAUAAAUGUACACAAUAGCUUGCCGGAGCCUUUUCUCAUUUCAUGGAAUGGGGUUCAGCAGAGGAGAAAUUCAUAUCAAGAUGGAGUAUAUGGAACAACUUGUCCAAUUCCUCCAGGGAAGAACUUCACUUACACAUUACAAGUCAAAGAUCAGAUUGGUAGCUUUUUCUACUUCCCAUCUCUUGCCUUCCACAAGGCAGCUGGUGGCUUUGGUGGCAUCCGUAUCCUCAGCAGGCCAUUGAUUCCUGUUCCCUUCCCAGACCCGGCCGGUGAUUUCACUGUUCUCAUCGGAGAUUGGUAUAAAACCAACCACACGAAAUUGAAGGCCAUUUUAGAUUAUGGUCACAGGCUUCCUUUCCCCGAUGGAAUUUUGAUCAAUGGUCGGGGACCCAAUGCUACAACUUUCACAUUUGAACCAGGGAAGACAUACAGGCUCAGGAUAUCAAAUGUUGGGCUUCAGAACUCGCUCAAUUUUCGUAUUCAAGGACACAAGAUGAAGCUGGUUGAAGUUGAAGGAACCCACACAGUACAGACAACGUAUUCUUCAUUGGAUGUGCAUGUAGGUCAAUCCUACUCAGUCUUAGUCACGGCUGAUCAGGCAGCUCAGGACUUCUACAUUGCUGUCUCAACUCGGUUCACCAACAAGGUCCUCACCACCACUGCCAUUCUUCACUACAGCAACUCUGCCAAGAAGGUGUCUGGUCCGAUCCCCGGCGGACCGACCACCCAGAUCGACUGGUCUCUCAAUCAGGCUCGCUCUAUCAGGACAAACCUUACAGCAAGCGGACCAAGACCAAAUCCUCAAGGAUCGUACCACUAUGGACUAAUAAACAUUAGUAGAACCAUCAAGCUAGAGAGCUCAGCUGCUCAAGUUAAUGGCAAGCAAAGAUAUGCAGUUAACAGCGUGUCAUUUCGCCCUGCUGAUACUCCCCUCAAGCUUGCUGAUUACUUCAAGAUUGGAGGCGUUUUUCGUGUUGGAAGCAUUUCGGACAGUCCAACCGGCAAGAAGAUGUAUCUUGACACCUCUGUCAUGGGUGCUGAUUUUAGAGCCUUUGUUGAGAUUGUGUUUCAGAAUCAUGAGAACAUCGUUCAGAGCUGGCACCUGGACGGAUACUCCUUCUGGGUUGUUGGGAUGGAUGGAGGAGUGUGGACACCAGCUAGCCGUGAUCAAUACAAUCUCAGAGAUGCGGUUUCACGUUGCACCACACAGGUGUAUCCCAAGUCAUGGACUGCUAUAUAUGUAGCACUUGACAAUGUAGGAAUGUGGAACUUGAGAACUGAAUUCUGGGCACGGCAAUAUCUGGGCCAACAGUUUUAUUUGCGCGUGUACUCGCCUGUAAUGUCUAUCAGAGAUGAAUAUCCUAUUCCAAAGAAUGCCCUUCUCUGUGGCAGGGCCAAUGGGAAAACAACAAGACCUUUGUAAACAACAGGUUAUCAGUCCUGAAAAGCACCAGAUUUGUAAAAUUCUGUACGAUCCUAUCUCAGGGUCUCAUUCUUUUCUAUAAAAGUACUUUUGAAUAUUUAUAAUAAUAGUAAUAGGGGAAUUCUUUUUUCUUC